CAGAGAAGUUCCUUUUUGUCUGUCUUGAAAAACAAUAUGGUUGGAGAAGUAGUUGAGAAAGUCUUAGUGAUAAGAGAAUACGACCCAAAAACAGACCUCUCUGGCGUUGAAGAUGUUGAGAGGAGAUGUGAGGUCGGUCCCAGUGGAAAACUCUCUUUGUUCACCGACCUCUUGGGUGACCCUAUCUGCAGAGUCCGAAACUCUCCUGCUUUUUUCAUGCUGGUAGCCGAGAUGGGGGAUGAGAAAGAGAUGGUGGGGAUGAUCAGGGGUUGCAUCAAAACCGUUACAUGCGGGAAAAAACUCUCUAGAAAGGCUAAAAACAACAAUAGUGAAACUAUUGCCAAAGCCAAAGCUCUCCCCGUUUAUACCAAGCUUGCCUACAUACUUGGCCUCCGCGUUUCCCCUUCUCAUAGGAGGAUGGGAAUAGGGUUAAAGCUGGUGCGUGGAAUGGAGGAGUGGUUUAGAGAAAAUGGGGCUGAAUAUUCCUACUUAGCAACCGAAAACGACAACCAAGCUUCGGUUAACCUCUUCACCCACAAAUGCGGCUACUCCAGGUUCCGUACACCUUCGAUUCUCGUCAACCCCGUGUUCGCUCACCGAGUCAAGGUCUCGUCCCGAGUCACCGUCAUCCGACUCAGUCCCCGCGACGCCGAGUCAAUCUACCGGACUCGCUUCUCCACCACCGAGUUCUUCCCGCGAGAUAUUGACUCGGUGCUCAACAACAAGCUCACCUUGGGGACGUUCCUGGCGGUGCCACGCGGGUCUUACUCGGCCGAGUCGUGGAUCGGGUCGGAUCAGUUCCUCGCCGACCCGCCCGAGUCGUGGGCCAUCCUCAGCGUGUGGAACACCAAGGACGUGUUCACGCUCGAGGUGAAAGGCGCGUCGCGCGUGAAGCGCACGCUCGCGAGGACGACGCGCGUGAUCGACAGGGCUUUGCCGUGGCUGCGGCUCCCGUCGGUGCCGGAUUUCUUCAGGCCGUUUGGGCUGCACUUCAUGUACGGGCUGGGAGGGGAAGGCCCACGCGCGGGCAGGAUGGUGAGGGCGCUUUGCGGACAGGCGCACAACCUCGCGAAGGAGCGUGGGUGUGGGGCCGUGGCGACGGAGGUGUCCAGCCGAGAGCCGCUCAGGUUAGCGAUACCGCACUGGAAGAGGCUAUCGUGCGCCGAGGAUCUAUGGUGCAUCAAGAGGUUGGGGGAGGACUACAGUGACGGCUCUGUUGGUGACUGGACAAAAUCACCUCCUGGCUUGUCCAUUUUUGUUGACCCCAGAGAGUUCUAAAUUUCGUAAGGAAUCCAACAAACUAGCUCGAAAAAAACAACACGAGAGCUAGAUAGCCGUAACCCACAAAA